AUGGCACCAAAGAAAAUGAUGUCUACUUCCGCAAAAUCUCUCAUCAUAAGAAUCAAUCUCUCCUUCGUGGCAUUCCUCAUAGUCUUCUACGCCACCCUCCUCCUCUGCCCCUCCGCCUCCAACGACAGCCACCGUGUCGCCUCCUUUGUCCGCUGCUCCCUCCUCAAUUGCCGCCAUAAGGGCGAAAGUGGGACCAUGAUGGUUCUAGAAGAUUCCGCCGCCGGCGGGAAGGAGAAACCGCGAAGGGAGUUGAUCAAGAAAGAGAUUCCGAGUUUCUUGAGCAGCAUCGGCCGUGGAAUGAAGAUCGGAAUGAUUAACAUGGAGGAUGAAGACGUGUCGGCAUGGAGCAGCUCCGGCGAGAUUAUUCCGGUGACGUUCGAGAAGGUUCCGGCGGAGCUCCGGUGGAAUUCGAUUUUUCCGGCGUGGAUCAACGAGGAGGAGGGAUAUUCCGGCGCGAGGUGCCCGGAGAUUCCGAUGCCGGAUUGGGAGGCGUAUGGCUACAUGGACGUGGUGGUGGCAAAGAUGCCGUGCCGGGAGCCGGAGGAGGGGUUGAGCCGGGACGUGUUCCGGCUGCAGGUGCAUUUGGCGGCGGCCAACAUGGCGGUGAGGCGGGGGAGGCGGGAUGGGGGUGGGCGGGCGAAGGUGGUGGUGCUGAGCGAGUGCCCCCCUAUGCCGGAGUUUUUCCGGUGCGAGGAGGUGGCGGGGAGGGAGGGGCGGUGGCGGUUCUACCGGCCGGAGAUGUGGCGGUUGGAGCAAAAGGUUUCUUUGCCGGUUGGCUCUUGCGAAUUGGCUCUGCCUUUAUGGGAUAAAGGAGCAGUCAAUGAAAUAUACGAUGUUUCAAAAGUGGAAGCCAUUACCCUAAAAUCUCAUAAAAGAGAAGCUUAUGCCACAGUUCUCCACUCUUCCGAGUCCUAUGUUUGUGGGGCUAUAACCCUAGCCCAAACCUUGAUCCAGACCCGUACCCGGCGCGACCUAAUCCUUCUCCUAGACACGUCCAUUUCAGAGCCCUCCAGGGUCGCCCUCAGGAGAGCCGGGUGGCAACUCCGUUCCAUCAAACGGAUUCGGAACCCGAGAAUGAAGAAGAAAUCGUACAACGAAUACAAUUACAGCAAGUUCCGGCUAUGGCAGCUCACCGAUUACGACAAGGUCAUUUUCAUAGACGCCGACAUUAUCGUGUUGCGCAACAUCAAUUUCCUAUUCCACCUUCCUCAGAUGUCCGCCGUUGGCAACAACGACCACAUCUUCAAUUCCGGAAUCAUGGUGAUUGAGCCAUCAAACUGCACAUUCCGGAUGAUGAUGCGCCGCCGCAAUGACAUAAACUCCUACAACGGCGGCGACCAAGGCUUCUUAAACGAGGUCUUCGUGUGGUGGCACCGCCUCCCCAGCUGCAUCAACUUCUUCAAGAUCUUCCCGCCCAACUCCUCCGGCAAAGCCCGGGUCAAGAACCGGCUGUUCGGGUUGGACCCUCCGGAGCUCUACUCGAUCCACUACUUCGGGUUGAAGCCGUGGAUGUGCUACAGGGACUACGACUGCAAUUGGGACGUCGCCGACCAGCGCCUCUACGCCAGCGACGACGCCCACCGCCGCUGGUGGAAGGUGCACGACGCCAUGCCGUUAGACCUGCAGCGGCUCUGCGGCCUCUCGGGGCGGAGGAAGAGCGAGUUGGAGUGGAAUCGGAAGGUCGCCGGAGAAUUAGGGUUUGAGGAUCAACAUUGGAAGAUCAAUGUUACUGAUCCUAGGAAAUUUAUUUGAUAGUGAAAUACGAGAUGUAACAUAUUGUUUGUUGAUUUUAUUUUUGAUUUAUUUGUGCAUGUAAAGUGUAAAGAUAUGGAGUAAUCUAUAAGAGUUGAUGCAUGAAUUUAUU